UAUUUUGUGAGCAUCAUGAACUCCAACAAAUCGCAAUCCAUAUGGGUUACUAUUCAGCUUAACGAAAGAAUUAUGGAAACAGAAGAAGACAGUCAGUGUGAGGAUCCCAGCAAUACAUCUUCAGGGACAUCAGAACAUCACAGAGAUCAGGAAACCAGAGACAAUGCAGAUGUGGAUAAUUUGGCAGAUAAACUGAUCACUCUAGGUAGUAACUGGCGAAGAAAAGGGAACCUUAAAACUAAUACUCAUCGACUUGAAAAAAGUAGGUACUAUCCUACAAAAGGAAACACAGAUGAGUGUGAUUUUCCAAAUGCAGACUCAAGUCACAACUGGAGAACAAGAGAGGAUCAUCACAAUGCUGAAAAGAAACAGUCCGAUGAAUCAAAAUAUGACAUUUCUAGGGGAGAUUUCAGUAGCAACUGGAGAAUCAGAGAGAAUUACGAUACUGAAGAGUCUGAACAGACUGAAAAACCAAGGUUUGAAUUUACAAGACAAAAUAAAGGAACAAGAUUUUCAUCACAAACUGGAUUCAACAGCAGAGAGAAUCACGAUACUGUAGAGUCUGAACAGACUGAAAAACCAAGGUAUGAAUUUACAAGACAAAAUAAAGGAACAAGAUUUUCAUCACAAACUGGAUUCAACAGCAGAGAGAAUCAAGAUACUGAAGAGUCUGAACAGACUGAAAAACCAAGGUAUGAAUUUACAAGACAAAAUAAAGGAACAAGAUUUUCAUCACAAACUGGAUUCAACAGCAGAGGAAAUUAUGAAAACAAAGGUAAAAAGUAUUCAAUUCUUAAAAGCCUUGGUAUCGUAAACUAUGACGAAGGGAAGAAAAACCUAAUCAAGAGACAGAAAACAAGAGAGCUUGACAUUCUGGAACUCAGAAAAAUGGAAAGGCUUGAACCUUCUGAGAUCAUAAUGGCACUUGCUGCACCCAAUAGUGGUUUUGAGCAACUUGUAAAUGAAGCAACCAUGGAUCCUGAGUUGGUGAAGAAACUUCUUGAACUAUUAAGCAAAGCCACUGAGUGCAUGUCAAGUCGCCAAAAUUUAAUACAUAUCUUAAGCCAUGUCCUUAAUUCCCUUUUCCUGAAGCAAAUCCUCUCAUCCUACAUUUUGCAGUGCAGCACUAGUCAGCAGAGUGAAGAAAUAUGCUUAAUUGUGGAUCACUCCCUUACUGUGCUGACUGAGAUUCUAAGUAUUUUUCCAUCUAGUUCCUUUGCAGAUGUAACCAUAGUCAAAACUGUUCUUGAAAGUGUUAUGGAACAGAUGGAAGCAAAUGGCACAAUUUUUUCAGAGAAAACAAAACAAAACAUAGCAACGCUAAAGCUUUUUCUACAGAACUUACAAGACAAAAAGCAAGAUGGAACGCUCAAAUCUGAUAAUUAUAUCUAUGUAGUUGGAAAAAAGGGUCUUGUUCUCAGUGAUGACUUCCGUAACGUCUCAGUGUUUCCAACACAUGAUGAUAUUUAUUUAAAAACCAGUCCUCAUUUGCCCCCAAAUAUCAUAGACGGAACUUAUCCUGAUGUUACAUCCUACCUCAACACUCACUUUUCUUUAUUAAGAGAAGACUUCAUUCGCCCACUAAGAGAUGGUAUUUCUCAAUACUUAAGAGGGCAGAACAGUAAUUAUAUUGAUGAUAUCCGUUUAUAUUUUGACGUAUCAGUUUUGGAUUCUGUUUGUGUCCAAUCAGGGAUUGUUUAUAAUGUCAAAUUUUCAACCAAACAUCUGAAAUAUAUUAUUUGGGAAAAUUCACAACGCCUGCUCUAUGGUUCCCUUGUCUGUCUUUCGAAUGACAACUUCAAUAAUAUGUUAUUUGCUACUGUGGCAGAAAGAGAAAUUAGUAAUAUCAAGAAAGGAAUUAUAACUUUAAUGUUCCAUGAAGAAAGUCGUGAACAGCUGGCAUUGUAUGCAGAUGAUAAUCGUCUGUUUGUGAUGGCUGAAACAACUGCAUAUUUUGAAGCCUAUCAGCAUACCCUAGAGGGUCUCAAAGAAAUGAAAGAAUAUGAUUUUCCAUUACAGAAUUACAUUGUGCAUUGUGAGACGACUAUGUCUCCUCCUGCUUAUUUAUUCAACAAUCUUCAGUCUUCAUUUACUUUACAAGUGCUUGAACACCAUACACGUUUAGACGUUUCAGAUAAGGCAACCUGCUAUGAGAUUAAUAAAAAUAAAACCAAGCCUCUCAAGUUUAAUGUGCUUGAUCUUAACACAUGGCCCUCGAAAGAAGAGCUUGAAUUUGACAGUUCUCAAUUCGAAGCAUUCGAGAAAAGUCUAACAAGUGAGCUAUCCAUUAUACAAGGUCCUCCAGGCACAGGAAAGACAUAUGUUGGAAUGAAAAUUGUUCAUGCUCUUCUGAAUAAUGGACAUAUUUGGAAGCAAGGACACAGGCCCAUACUGAUCGUUUGCUACACCAACCAUGCUCUAGAUCAAUUUCUGGAAGGUAUAUAUAAAUCCAGCCGCUGCAGUAUCGUUAGAGUGGGAUCAAGGAGCAACAGCAAGCUCAUGCAGGCAUUCUCUUUGACUGCACUGAGAAAGAGAUUUAAAGAAUCUUCAAGCGUUUAUCAUCAUUUUGACUGGUAUGAGGACUUGGAUGAAGAUUAUUCAAAAGACAUGCUUGAAACAUUGAAGGAAGAAGCAGACUCUAAGAAAUAUGAAAUUUUAUCUAGAAGAAAGAUAAUUGACAGUGCUUAUAGUAAAGUACUAUCAGAAUACGACAUGAAGAAGUACAUUAAUGAUGAUGUUUUCCUUAACUUCAUCUCUAGCAAGGAAAGCAAGAUUUUAAUGAACAAUAUCCGAGAUGACUGGCUGGGUUUAGCACCACUUUACCUCAAACCAUGUAGCAAAAUAAACAAAAAAGUCAAAGAAAAAGAUAACAAUGCGGUUCCUGAAAAUAAAGAAGAAAAUAUUGAUGUUAAUAAAGCACCUGAAAUUGCAUUAUUUGAACGCCAACUUGAUGGUGAUGAUAUAAAUGAAGAGUUAGCACAAAUAAGAGCAAGCAAAAAUAAGGACCUGACUUCUGAAUCUACAGUACACAAUUAUAUUCUGGAGGACCUUGAUAAUGAUAGUGAAUGGGAGAUAAGUCCAGAAGAAAGAAAAAGACUGCAACGAAAAAUGGAAAACGAGUUGAUACAAAAACAUUACAUGAGUGAAGAGGAAUAUGAACAGAUGUCAGAUAUUUGUAACAUUCCAAUUUAUAAGCGUUGGGAAAUUUACAGAUUGUGGAGACACAAAGUUAUUAAAGGAGUUCGCCUAGAGAUCAUUAGACUAGAAGAUGACUAUCAAAUACUGAUCAACAGGCUGGCUGAACUACGAAAUCAACUGGAUUGCUCUAUACUGAAAAAAGCUGACAUCAUAGGAAUGACUACAACAGGUGCAGCAAAAUAUAGGAAACUUCUACAAGUUGUUCAACCAAGAAUUGUCAUUGUUGAAGAGGCUGCUGAAGUUUUGGAAGCACACAUUAUAACAGCGCUAAGCCAUAGCUGCCAACACCUUAUCCUAAUUGGAGACCACCAGCAGCUCCGCCCAGCAACAACUGUGUAUGAAGUGGCAAAAAAUUUUAAUCUGGAAGUGUCAAUGUUUGAGAGACUGAUCAGAAUGGGCAUACCAUACGUCCGCCUUAACUAUCAACAUCGAAUGAGGCCAGAAAUAGCAAAACUACUGACACCGCAUAUUUAUGACAAACUGGAGAAUCAUGAAUCUGUAUAUAAAUAUGACAAUGUAAAGGGUGUUUGCCAAAAUCUCUUUUUUGUCGACCACAACCAUCUUGAGGACCACAUCAGUGAAGGCAAGAGUCAUCAGAAUGUCCAUGAGGCCACUUUUGUGAAGUCAUUAUGCCUCUAUUUUAUACAUCAAGGCUACUCUCCAUCAAACAUAACAAUACUCACUACUUAUUCUGGACAGCUGCACUGUUUACAGAAUAUGAUGCCCAAAGCUCAAUUUGACGGAGUCAGGGUAUGUGUGGUUGAUAAAUAUCAAGGAGAGGAAAAUGAAAUUAUCAUCCUCUCGCUAGUAAGGAGUAACCUAGAAGGCAAUGUUGGUUUUCUUAAAAUACCAAACCGGGUAUGUGUUGCAUUAUCAAGAGCCAAGAAAGGCUUAUUUUGCAUAGGGAACAUGCAGAUGCUUUCAAAAGUUCCCAUCUGGAAAAAAAUCUGUGAUGCGUUAAAAGAAAAUGAACAAAUUGGGAAAGAGCUAAAGGUACAAUGUGUUAUUCAUCCAAACACCACAACUUAUUUGUCAACUUUUAAAGAUUUUGAUAAUGUUCCAGAAGGUGGCUGUAUGAUACCUUGUGACUAUCGUCUAGAUUGCGGGCAUGUCUGUGCCCUUCGGUGCCACCCUUAUGAUCCUAAACAUGUGGAAAUUAACUGUGUAAAGCCAUGUCUCAAGAUUCCCUGUAUAAAAGGUCACAAGUGUAAGAAAAUGUGUUUUGAGCCGUGUGGAGACUGUCAGGAGUUGGUGCCAAAAAAGAUUCCUAUAUGUGGUCAUAUUCAAGAUUUACCAUGUUCAAAGGUACCUGUUAAAUCAGAUUGUAAAAACCCUUGCACCAAAACCUUUUCUUGUGGCCAUUCCUGUAGAAGUUCAUGUGGUACUGUUUGCCCCACACAGUGUACUACAGAUGUCUCUAUUACUCUAAUAUGUGGUCACAUAUUCGAUAUUGCAUGCUUUUUGAAAUCUAGUAUUUUUGUAAAAAUUGAAUGUUCAGAUGAUAAUUUAUAUGUUGGACCAUGCAAUAUAUGCCUUGGAAUUAGAAUAGAAAAAACACUGUAUUCUCGUCUCCUAAGCGAAACAGAAACCCACUGUCUGCAUGAUACGAGCAGAUAUUGUACAUAUGAAGGUUCCAGCAUUUUCAAGAGAGUCAUAUGUGAUCUUCACAAAGAAGAAAAAACAGUAGUUAAUCAAUGGCAGUCUGAGUUGCAGAAUUUUGUUCAAAACAAUGAAGCUAUAUUUGCUCAGGUAUAUAAUGCUAGUCAAAUGAUUGAAGAAAUCAAACGUAUGCAAAAGACAAUAUCACAGAUGAUACUCACAAGUGAAAAAAUAAAACUUUUAUUCAAAAUUGCUGCUUGUGAAAGCAAACGAAAAGAUCUCCAUUUGAAUGUAUCACAGCAAGAAGUGUCCACAUUUACAUGUAAUGAUUACAAGAAUUAUCAGAUUAUAAAGGAGUACAUAAAGCUUAAAAACUUGGAGGAGGCAGCAAGAAUCAAUGAACUGGAAGAUGAUACUGAUGUCAUUUCUAGAUUAACCAAUGAAAGAAAUAUUCUUUCCAUGAGCAUUCUGCGAUCUAGCUGGUAUCAUUAAAGGAAUGCAUUAUCAGAAAAUGUUUUUUUAUACUAAACACAUUUUUAAAGAAUUUUUGGUGAUGUUAUGUUUCAAUUUCCAUGUCACCAUCCAUGUUUUAAAAAAAAUCCUGCAGUUUUCAUAGUGUGAAAAUAAGCAUAAUAACAGGGGCCACCUAUUGGUCUGUUCAGAUCACUUUUCAAUAGUCAUCUUGUUACCACAGGCAGGAUUAGAAUGACAGAUAUCACCUAGAUAGAUACAGUAGAUAAAUAGAACAAAAACAUUUUUGGCUACAGAGGAAUACAUCUAUUACUUUUUCAUAUCCCUGGAGUGCUGUGAUCCCUUCUACAUGCCACUAUUAUAGAUAGAUAAAUAGAUAGAUAGAUCCACCAUUCACAAUAGGUUAUGGUCACAGCUUAUCUGCUCCUUCCUUAUAAAAUGACCUCUGUACAGGUUACAUGCUUAGUACACUCUCCCAUAGAAGUCAAUGAGUCUCUUCCAUUCUAUUGUGUUUUUGGCCUCUGGUGGCUGUUGUAAAGCACAUCUCUGAAUGUUAUUAAGAGCUCGGCAAGAUGUCCUUAAAAUAAUGUUCAGGAUCUAGAAUAAAAACAUUUACAAUAAAAAAAUAAAAACAUUAGAAAAAAGAUGUAUUGUGUGUCACAAUCUGGUUUUAACUUGGAAAAAAAUAUAUAUAUUGGUGACAUAUUCCCUUCAACAUAGCUCUAGAUCAACAAUUCAUCUCCAAUAAUCUAGUACAUACAGGUGAAACUCGAAAAAUUAGAAUAUUGUGCAAAGUUCAUUUAUUUCAGUGAUGCAACUUAAAAGGUGAAACUAACAUAUGUGAAAGACUCGUUACAUGCAAAGUGAGAUAUUUC